ACGCAGCGCCGCACGGCGGUACAUUUCCCACAAUGCACCAGGACAGGAAUAAACAGAGAGCCAAGAUGGCGGCGGACAGUGAUCCCGAGUCUGAAGUGUUUGAGAUCACUGACUUCACCACCGCGUCCGAGUGGGAGAGGUUCAUAUCCCGGCUCGAGGAGCUGCUGAAUGACUGGAAGCUGAUCGGGUCUCGUGUCGGGAAACCGCUGGAGAAGGGUGAGAUCACCAGCAGCUCGUGGGAGGAAAACACACAGGAGAUCAACUUCGCUGAUUUCAAGUUCUCCAUCACACAUCACUGUCUGAAGCAGGAGUCAGCUGAGAAUGAAAGCAGGGAGGAAGCAGAGGAAGAUGUGUGUCCGCUGGCCCUGCAGGACCUGCUCUGCAUGAACAAUGACUUUCCUCCGCGAGCUCACUGUCUCGUCAGAUGGUUCGGUGUGCGUGAGUUCGUGGUGAUUUCUCCGGGAGCCAACUGUGAAGCUGUGGUCAGCGAGUCCAAGUGUAGUGUUUGUGUGCGUGCGUGCUCAGUCUCAUCGUCUCUGUGUUUCAGCCUGGUGCCGCUGUUCGUGCAGAUCCAGCAGAAGUGGAGGAAGAUGUACGCGGGUGAGUGUCAGGGGCCCGGGGUCCAGACAGACUUCGAGAUGGUGCACCUGCGUAAAGCUCCUGGUCAGUACACACACCUCUCCGGCCUGCUGGACAUCUUCAAGAACAAGAUGAGCUGCCCGCUGACGCCGCUGCCGCCCAUCAGCAUCUCCAUCCGCUUCACCUUCGUCCUGCAGGACUGGCAGCAGUGCUCGUGGCCACAGCAGCCGCCAGACUUCGAUGCGCUCCUCGCUGGAGAGGUGGGUGGUGUGGAGUUCGGCAAACUUCCGUUCGGAGCGUGUGAAGAUCCCAUCAGCGAGCUGCAUCUCGCGACCACGUGGCCGAACCUGACGGAGGGAAUCGUGGUGGAUAACGAUGUUUAUUCUGAUCUGGAUCCUCUUCAGGCUCCUCACUGGUCUGUUCGAGUGCGGAAAGCAGACAAUCCACAGUGUUUGCUGGGUGAGUUCCUCAUGGAGUUCUUCAAGCUUUGCUGCCGGAAGGAAAGCACCGAGGAGAUUCUGGGAAGGAACCCGGUCGAGGAGGAAGGGAAAGAGAACAGUGACAUCACUCAAGCGCUGUCCAAGCUGACGGAGCCCGCAGCCGUCCCCAUCCACAAGCUGUCCGUCUCCAGCAUGGUGCACAGCGCGAGGAAACGCAUGCGGCGACACAGGCGCACCGAGGAGUCGCCACUCAACAACCACGUGCUCAACUCCAUCCUGCUGUAUCUGUUCCCAGAUGCAGCUCUGGAUAAAACAGACUUAAGCGAUGUCAAAUCCACACAGCACAGCCCAGGAGGAAAGACCGAGCCGGACCGCGAGUCGGAGGAUUACCAUCUCUAUAAUCAGCUGAAGUCGGCUCCGAGCGACAGUUUGACGUACCGUCUGGCCCUGUGUGUCUGUAUGGUGAACUUCCAUCACGGAGGAGUGAGAGCCGUCGCUCACCUGUGGCAGGAGUUUGUGCUGGAGAUGCGCUACCGCUGGGAGAACAACUGCCUGAUCUACGGGCUGGCCUGCGGAGCUCCGGAUCUCAGGUGUUGUCUUCUUCAUCAGAAGCUGCAGAUGCUGAACUGCUGCAUCGAGCGCAAGAGAGCAAGGGAUGAUGGGGGGAAGAGCGGCGCGUCAGACAGGAGCCGUCUGGGGCCCGAGAGCGCGGGGCCCGCUGAAGUUUCUCCGGGGAAGUCCUGGGACUCGUGGAGUGACAGCGAGGAGGAGUUCUUCGAGUGUCUGAGCGACACGGAGGAGAUGAAGGAGACGGAGAGCGAGAAAAAAACAGCCAAUAAGAGCAAAGCUGAAGGUCGCCUGCAGCCGCAUGGCAAACUGACUCUUCUGAACUCACCGGAGCCGCUCUUCAUCCCCGUCACACAGGAGCCCGCGCCCAUGACUGAAGACCUGCUGGAGGAGCAGUCGGAGGUUCUGGCCAAACUGGGCACGUCGGCUGAAGGAGCGCACCUCCGCGCCCGCAUGCAGAGCGCCUGCCUGCUCUCAGACAUGGAGUCCUUCAAGGCAGCGAAUCCCGGCUGUUGUCUGGAGGAUUUCGUGCGCUGGUAUUCUCCGAGAGAUUACGUGGAGGAGGAAGGUGCGGAUGAGGCGGGACAGACGGUCAUACGGGGCGACCUGAGCACCCGCAUGAAGAUCCCUGGCAACAUGUGGGUGGAGGCCUGGGAGACGGCCAAAGCCACACCGGCCCGCCGACAGAAGAGGCUGUUUGACGACACCAAAGAGGCUGAGAAGGUGCUGCAUUACCUGGCGCUGCAGAAGCCGUCGGAUCUGACUCUGCACCUGAUGCCCUGCGUGCUGCACGCGGCUCUGCUCAAGAUCAAGGAGGAAGAGGCGUCUGAAGACAUCGCGUCAGUGCGUAAGGCGCUGCAGCAGGUCACCGCUCACGCCAGCAAACUGCUGCGGCACCCCAACCCUGACUUCAAGAAGCUGGAGGACCUCAUUCUUCAGAUGAGCGCGGUGGAGGCCGUCAUCGCUCGCGCCCGAUCGCUCAAGGCCAAGUUUGGCAUCGCUGGAGGAGAGCGAGAGGAAGACGCUGACGAGCUGGAGAGGUUUGUCAGCUGUUUGCUGGAGGAGCCCGAGGUUUCUGUGGUUGGAGCCGGACGAGGACCUGCUGGAAACAUCAUUCAUAAGCUGUUCGUCAGCUCUCAGCGGGCCGCUCUGCUGGCGCCGCUGGAGGACGAGGCGGGUCGUUCUGGAGGGACGGAUGACAGGAAAACGGUUCCGGAUUUUCCGCCCCCUGCUGGACGGGAGGUUCUGCUGCGCACCUGUGUGCCACGGCCCGCGCCGUACUCCAAAGCCCUGCCGCAGCGGCUCUUCUGCGUGCUCCUGCGGGACGAGUUCAGGCUCGCCGGCGCCUUUUCCUCCGACACCUCCUUCUUCUGAGCGGAUCGACCAGCGCAGG